GGGGCGAAAUCUGUUGGAUGCUGCAGACGUAUUGUUUACGUGUGUUUUCGUGUUCUCAUUCUGCUGCGAAAUUUGAAGCCGCCGAAACUUUUCAAGUGACAGGUUUGAGAGCAUGAGCCGAGUCCUGCACUCCACAAGAUUCCACGCUUAUCUCAGACGACUCUCUCGUGUCGUAGGUCUUUGAGCUAUCAACCACUCGCUCUCAGCUGCGCCCCUGCGCGCGAAGGAACGACCGCUUUUUAUCCCUGUAUCACAAGGACAUCUUGUUCACGCGAGUGGUGUUGAAGGAUUCCGGUGAGUCCAGACGGCUGCUUGUGUCACUCCUGCGACUCUACUUGCCGUGACGUGCUACGUGUGGCCAAGUGUGUGUGCAGGUUCUGCUAUUGAAGAAACUUGGUCAUGACGUCUUCAAUCCUGAGAGCACCCCAUCUUGGCACCAUUGCCUUCACAGCCACAGUUGUGGGUGGGGCGGUUGCAGCGGCAUCUUACAUUUGGCUCAAGCGCAAGGCUGCCACAAGCAACUUUGUGCCUGUGGCUCGUUUGGUCAACAUCACCAUCUACCCAAUCAAGUCCCUGGCUGGCAUAGAGGUGCCAUAUGCUGACUGCACUGUGGCUGGACCAGUCUACAAGGGGCUCAAGGACAGGCAAAUGCUCCUUGUAAAAGAUGACUACUUUGUUUCAAUGCGCGAAGAGCCCCGUCUUGGCAUGAUCAGAGUCGUCUUUGAUGAAGACAAAUUGACGUUGACACUGACGAUGGACGGGUAUCCACCACUGCUAGUUCAUCUCCAUGACUCGGAGGAACAGAGUGUGCCUUCAUUCACUGUCAGGGUCAGAAAAAACAGUUACAAGGCUGUGGAAGUGUCGGAAGAAGCUUCCCAGUGGUUCAAGAACUUCCUCAACUGCGACAGCAUUCGACUCGUCAGAAUUGUUUUGGACAAGGAGACCAUCGAUCGAGGAAGGGAUGGCACUGCUUCGGUUGCCUUCCAAGAUAAGUCAUCAUUUCAAGUCCUCUCAAAGGCAUCACUUCAUGAGCUAUUGUCGAGGCUGCCUCCAGGUAGCGACAUCAGGCAGCGUAAUUUUCGGCCCUCUCUCUUUGUUGAAGGCUGUGAAGCCCAUUCAGAGGACCACUGGGUGCGGUAUAGGAUUGGAGAGGCAGAGAUGGCUUUCUUGGAGCGCACAAGAAGAUGUGUAAUGACUACAGUUGACCAAGACACUGGUAUCAAGACUGGGAAGGAACCACUUGUGACAUUGCGAAAGUACAGAGUUGACAGGUCCAAGCUAGGGCUUGAAAGGUACGAGUUUCAGCCAUUGCUUGGCAUCGGCUCAAUCCACAUCAAAGAUGGCAGAAUUGCACCUGGAGAUGAGAUCUGCGCUAUAAUAUCUCCAAAGCCACUUCUCUAAGAAGUAGUAUUUUGGGCCAGUUUGUGUGAUGCAUAUUUGACUACAGCGAAGUGUGAUAGACGUGACGAAGGAAGGGCGAGACAGACGGGGCAAGUGCUUGUCCCAUCUGUCUCGUGUUUCACUUUAAGAAAAGGUGGAUACAUCAUGCCUGCGUUUUAUCGGCACCCGGCACAAUUUCUGGUGCAGGCCGUUCACUUGUAUUUUAGCUUUUUUUUGGCACUAACUGAAUUGUGUUUUAGCUGCCUUUUAUGUGCCAGCAUUUUGUGCUCAUCUGUGUUGUUGUGGCAGUUCACCAGGUUCCCUGUAAGUAAAGUAAAUAAUCUUCUGUUCUCUAUAAGUUGGCUGCUGUCAGCAUCUCAACUUUACCAGUUUCAGUGCCUAUGACUGCGUUAUGAAGCCACGCAGUAAGGGUUGGGUGUAACUGAAAAAACAUGAGUACAUUUUGGUACCAUGUAAGUGUUGAACUGAUUAUCAGACAAGAUAGUUUGGAUAUUGCUAAUGUGUUGGUAAAAGUUCCCCCGCACUGGUAUGAGAAAGGUUUGUUUGUUAUCUCUGUAUUCAAAGCACGACAUUCCGCUGAUUUAUGCAGAUUUCUGUCGGUGCCCAUUCACAGUUUGAAGUAAUGGUUCACGCUAUUUACAUCACUCCUAGAAUUAAUGUGCAAGUCUAAACAUUCAGGCAAUGAAUGUUUGCUUAUGUACAGUACUAUGUGCUAUAAACGAGAUGCGACAUAGCAGGGUGUGAUGUUCAGAGGCGGGCAGCAUGACGUUAGAUAGGCAGUCAUAGGUACAGUUUGUACUUGCGGUACUAGUUGUCACUGCAUGUAGCCAUGAAGGUACUUGGCUCCGGUCGAAGAUCUAGUAGCCCACUGUAUUCACCACGAGCAAGGUGAUAGCUGUAGAGGUUGCCUUGGUCAUCAGGCCAGCUGCCAUCUGCAUUAUGCAAUGAAGAUUGUUAAAGCUGCUCAUCUCCAGCUCACUCGCAAACGGCUCCACGCAUGCACAAUAAAAGCAUUCUUUUGCACAAGCUUCCUCCAGAUUAAUUGCCACUGCCAUAAAUCGUGAAAUUGCAAAAUGUUGUUGAAAUUGUGAUGAAAUGUUACGAAGGUACGGCUUACAAAACCAUUUCUGGGCAGCCGUUGUGAAUAUGACAAGGGACCUACACAUUUCAGUUCAGCCACUUUGUGUCGAGAUAUUUGAGGUAUGGGCUCUUUAAUAGUCGUGUAUAUCAGCCAUUCAAAGGAUGGAUGCGUUACUGUGACAUAAGAUUCUCUGAGGUUCAGCUGGAAGUAUUCUAUAAUUUUGGGUUGCUUUUUUGCCCAAAGGUUUGAUAUAUGAAAAGCAUUUAUCUUUCAAAUGCGGUCCAAGAAGGUGCCAUGAUGGCAUGUACAAGGUGUGCAUGACCUUUACCCUAUCUCAGGAACUAUGGUGACUUGUUUAAUCCUGCAUAUAUGGCAGUUUUUGCUUUUACUAGAGAAUUAAAAAAAGACAGAAAAACUACCAUUAUGUGCCAGUCUACCAUUUCUGGUUCAUAUGUUCAUGAUAGCUUUAUUGAGCAUGUUGAGUCUAUUGAUGCUUGUUUUAUAUACUGAACCACCUGACAUUUACAUGUAAACAUAUUGUACCUAAGCUUACUUUGGAAAUGUUUACAUUGUAGUACUCACAAAAUGUUGCAUUUUAUGAGAGCCAUUUGUUGUUUACUAGGCUCUUACAGAACAAUCUUUUUUGGACUUUUGUAUUGAGACCAUAAUGUUGUUGCUCCACAUUAUGUAACCAUUGAAGUAGGUGUUGCUGUUUAUGUUUAUUUUUAGAAAUACCUUCAGAUGCUUACAAAAUCUUGUUUGUGCUAUAACAGUGUCAGUCGUUUAUAUUAGCAUUUUGAAACACCCGACACUGUAAUAUAAAUUUGUGAUACCAAGAUGUAUGAAAGCAUUUAUAUAUUGGUCUUGAUGUGGUAGGGAUACUGCACUUGCGUUAUGUAUUGAUGUGUGUAACCAAUAAAGUUUUUCCACCAUUUAAA